CUUGGAUUUACUUUCGGCAACUUGGUUGGAAUGUAUCUGGCUCAGAACUAUGACAUGCCUAACAUGGCUAAAAAACUUGAAGAGAUUAAAAAGGACUUGGAUGCCAGGAAGAAACCCCCUAGUUUGUAAGACCGACUCCAGCACUGCCUCUGGAUACACUAAUUCUCCUGCUCUUUAUGGCCGCCUUUACCAUCUGAACCAAAAGCUCCAGCCGCAGCAAUAUUCUUCUUUGCUAGACCCUGUGUUGCCUUAGAGUGAAAAUGGGGCCCCAGGUUAAGAACUGCUCUUACAUUUCCAACAGCCUUACUUCUUCCCAUAUCUUCCUUCCAGCUGCAUGGGAGAUUCUAAGACUGGAAUUAUGGUGCUAGAUUAGUAAACAUGACCUUUAAUGAGUAGUCUCUUCCUUUAUUCUUUGAAAUUUCUAUUCUACCUUUUGUCAGAAGAAAAAUUGAUGAGUUUUAUAUAGCCGAUCAGAUACAAAUUAUGAUGAUUUCAGUGUAGCCAUUAUAAUGGGUGCUUGUUAAAUAUUUGGUAUUAAAUUAUGUUGUUCCAAAUUAAUUAAAAUUAAUAUCUAGAAGCCAAAAAAAAAAACCCCGACCCCUUAAGCACUUGGGGCUGCUCUCAGAAACCCUAUGUUGGCAGUCGCCAGCUGGCUCUUCAAUAAAAGGACUCCUCUUUAAAUUUAACUUGUUUGGCAGUGUGGUCUUU